CAGCAGCACUCAGUCAGUGUCUAGGCUCUCUUACUUGCCGCGAACUUUUUCGCGGGGAAGCGCGCUUCAUGCAACUGUGGACUUCGGAACUUUUUUUAUUUUGGCCGGAGAAGUUUUUCUAGUGCUCAACUCGAAUUUUUUCCAACCAUGGGAAUGCUUCUGAUUUUGGGACUUCUUCUAUAUGCAUCUAAAGUGGUCCCCGCUCUGAGGUUGGCCAAGCUCGAUGUCUCGUCUGCAGUGAUCCGAGGAGAACCUGCGUGGCUGAACUGCAGCUACACUUUAGAAGGCGAUGAGCUGUACUCGGUCAAAUGGUACAAAAACAAUGUGGAAUUCUACAGAUUCUUGCCGACAGACCGACCACCAGGACAGAAGUACGAUCUGCAAGGAGUCUACGUAGAUCUGGAGCAGUCUUUCGAAGGAUAUGUGUACCUCAAGCGGACGGAUCUCAACACAGAAGGGGUGUACCGCUGCGAAGUGUCCGCCGAAGCUCCCUCCUUCCAGACUGUCAGAGAAGAGAAAGAAGUGAGGGUGUACGUUCUGCCCAAGGACGGUCCUACCAUCUCGGGGGUGAAACCCCAAUACCAGGUGGGGGACGACGUAAAUGUCACCUGCUCCGCUGGACCCUCCAAGCCAGCUGCUCAGCUCCGGUGGUACAUCAACGGAAACGAGGCCCCUGCUGAAUUCGAAAUCCGGUACGGCCCCAUCCGUCACCAAGACCGACUGGUGACUUCUACUCUUGGUUUGCGAUUCACGGCGGAGCCCCGGCAUUUCUGGCACGGAGCGAUGAAGCUCCGAUGUUCCGCCGUCAUUUCUCAAGCUUACUCCAUGAGCAGCGAAGAGAUUAUAGUAGGGGAUAACGCCAAAGCUUCAGCUGUAGUUGGUGACGGACCCGUAAUAACAGGUGGUAAACCCAAAUAUCAGAAAGGGGACACGGUAGAUGUAAAUUGCACGUCCGCAAAAUCAAAUCCUCCAGCUGAACUGAGAUGGUACAUCAAUGACAAACCUGUACGAGCCGAAUUCCUGUUGCGAUACAAACCAAUACGGUAUCCUGACGGCCAAGUGACUUCCAUCCUGGGUCUCCGUUUCGCAGUGCGCACUGACCACUUCCUGAGGGACGAAAUGCGCCUCAAAUGCACCGCCACCCUGUCCAAGGUGAUUAACAUGAGCAGUGAAGAGACGCUUGUUGGAAGCAGUCAACAGAGUUCUGGCUUACACAUCUCAGAAAACACGGGAGCAGUUAUAAACAGAGGAAGUACGAUUGGCUGCCUGUUACAAACUCUGUUCGUGAGUACGUUUCUGGCCGCUUUGUUAUAGCGCCAUCUCGUGGACUGUUGCGCCUGUAAAGCUUUUCAUGAGGAUUUUCAAGGUUUCUAAAAACCACUACGAAAAUUAAACGAGGAUUCCCACCCCCACAAAGGGACACCACCCCUCAAAGUGAGAGUGCACCAGGAACUGUGGCCCACCACCUUGCAUGGUUGUGAGCACUUCUGUACCAAUGUUUUCUGGAUGGGCGAAUUGUAACAUAUAGACUGGCAGUUUUGCUUGGAAUCGCUUGUCUGCAAACUAUAUACAUAUGAAUAAAUAUAUAUAUAUAUAUAUAUGAAAUAUAUAACUACAGUUUCUACUUAAUAUGACUCGAUUGAGUCAGCUUUCCACAUACUGUAACUUAUCGAAGUCAAAGGUACAGUGUAAAUGAAGACUGAUCAGACUGUAUUGAAGAGAGUUAACCACAAAGAAUUAUGUCAUGAAACAGUUGGAAAUUCAUUUGAGUUUUCAUUAAGAUUAGAAGUGACGCCAAAAUGACCACACAUUUUAUAAGAAAGCUUUGAUUUGGCAGGCUAUCCUUAAAAAUAGCAACUAAUUGAUGAUCAUCAAUUGAAAACGAUAUCCAAUCUGGAUUCCAUCUUCGAACGUCAACAAUUAAUUGAUGCCAGAUUUCAAGAAGGUAAGGGAUGAACAGAAUUUCUUGAAGUAGCCAACUGGUGACAAUCGAUUGGAAAUAUCGCCAACAGCUGGCGAAAAAUUCUACAGAAGUUGCUAAAUGGCAAAAAACGCCAACUGAAAAACAAUGGUAAAAGUCGUCUGGUAUUGGGUAUAAGUUUUCAAAAGAUGAUUACUUGUGAACGUAUAUUGGAUAAAAGGAUUAAUCAGCGAAGUUUGACGCCAAUAAACGAAUUUAUAAAAUGAACGCCAAGAGAUGAGCAUUUUUGUUCUGUGAAGAUCGGAAACAUUUCGGUACUGAAAACAAAAAUGCCACAAGAAAGUUAUUUCUGUUCUUAUUAUAAAGUGAAACUAGAACCUAUGUAGCUCGAUUAUAAUUUUUUAUCCUAAUUGUGCAUGCUUUAAAUGGAAAAGACAUACAUAUUUCCUCCGUAGAUUAUAAUUUUUUUGUGAAUGCACAUGAAAUAUUUUAAUUUGGGUAUAUGCAAAUGCAAUCAUUUUUUUACUUUGUUUACUUUAGGUUAUUACUAUUAUUUCAUUUCUUGAUUUUCUUACAUGAAUGCAAUUUCCAUGUGGAAAUUAAAUUUCAAAUGUAUUGUACUUAAUUUUAAACUUUCGAUAAAAUAAUUGACUUUUCUGUGUUUAUUUUUUUAUUGCAGUUAAAUAUUUUGUGCUGUUGAAAAACUGAGAAAGUUUUCGCAA